UUUGUGGCGGUAAUGUGUAAAAAUUAGUUUGAGUAUCGGACGCUCUGUGGAAGACGAUCGUGCUGAAUUUUCGCUUACAAUAGUUUUAUUUUUCUUCGAUCUCAACUCGACUACAACAUCAACCGAACCAAACAGACGUUGAGCUGAAAUUCCGUUUAAUCAUAUUUUUUUUGGUAUUAAACUCCACAAUUCGCUAUCGAACUCCGAAUUGGAGCAGAAUGAGUGAUAGAAAUACAAAGUGUUAAGUUUUCUGCUCAAUCGUUUUUAUUUGCUGGGGUGCAUCUGCGAAUGCGUUAUUUUUACCCGAAAUAUUUAAACAACGAAAAAGAAAUUAAGAGCGUUUAAAUUGGAAGAAAAAAGUUUAUCAAAAUGCGUGAUUUCUUUUUAUGCAUAAUAACUGCAUUGAUUGUGGUCGCGCAGUGUGAGACAAUUCAUUUUACCAAUUCACCAUCACAUUUGAUUGGCUCGAAAAAUAUCACCUCAUAUAAAUUGCUAGUGAAAAAUUCCGAUCCGAUAACGAUAAUCGAAGCAAAUAAGGAGGUUGAAGAGCGUCCACGCCACAAAUACAAUGAAAAUUAUCAGCCCAACGAUCGCAUCGAUGUAAAUAUUGAUGAUGGUGGAAUCGAUUUGCCGAUGCCUGACUAUCAUGUGAAAUUGAUGGCCAAUUUGGGUGGAUCGCAUCAAGUAGAAGCCACCAAUACGCAAAAUGUUCGCGGUGCUGUUGGCAUCACAAUAACCGGUGGUCCAUCAGAUGGUGCACCGUCAAAUUUGAACGAAUUUAAGAAGAGCGAUUACCAGGACCACGAUAAUGACGGUGAAUCGAGUAAUUUUAGUGCAAAGAAGGUGGUAUAUUCGCCCAUUUUAUUGAAAAAAUUCAUGAAAGAAUAUUCGGAAAAGUUGAAAAAUGCUGAUGCAUCGACGAAAAAUGAAAUUCAAAGAAUUCACGAGAAAAUCCAUGGUCAAAUGCAACCGAUGAAUGAAAAUGAAAAUUCUGAUCCACCGUUGGUGUUUGACAAAUCGAUUGAGGAGAUGGAACAAAAGUAUAAUUUGAAUGGAUUUCAUGACCGAUACGCCGAUGAUGAUCGGCACAAUCGAUACAAAGACCGAGAUGGAUGGGUAACUUUGGAGGCAGUUCCCUGGAGUAGUAGCAGCGUUUCAAAGUGGCAUCCACAUUCACACGACAACGUUGAUGAUACACGACGAAAACCAUCAGUGAAUACAGCUCGACCGUACCAAAACAAACCCGAUAAAUUCCCAUAUCACGACGAUUUCGAGGAUGAAUACUACAAUCGGCCCAAGCCAGCGUACAUCGAUCGAGACAAACCAAGUGUUUACUCCACAUGGACCAAACCACAAUCACUGAAUAGCAACGGCCGGCCACGGCCGCAACCGUACCGAUUCGGUGAUUCGAGCACCUAUGGAUCGAACAAAUUUCACGACAGAGAUCACCAUUCGAACCGACCUUGGAAUGGUGAAAUAAUAACAGACAAUCGACCAUCGUCCGAUUUCCCAUCCCAGUCUCAUGGAUCACAUCCAUAUCACGAUGAUGAUCAUUACAAUACCGCGUCGAGCAACUUCCAUUCGUCAGUAACUUCCAUUCGUCAAGACCGGCCGAGCGAAAGUAACGGUGAAUGGGUUUUGAUUUCGACCACAAAAGGAUAUCAAAUACCCGGUGGCAAUCGUCGCCAACAAGGUAAUCGUGCACUGUCUCCGUCAAACGCACAGUCAAGCGUCAUAGUCAAUGUGCCGCAAACAAUGCGAAUGCAUAAAGCUCUCAAAUUAACCGUUUUGCCAGCAGAAGACCCUGCUAAAAAUAGUACAUUUUCAACAGAUCCCAAACGAAAACCAACCACCAUACACGGUGGCAUGCUUGAAAUUGAUGCAACACAUGAAACGAUUGAAGAUGACGUUCGAGCCACGAUGCAAGCUCAGGCUCAAAAGAAAUUAACACAAGCAAAUCAGCCAGUAAAAACGUCAUCCAACGAAAAUAAAAAUCGAAAAUUACUGAAAGUGAUUACGACAAAAAAUGGAGAAGACAAAUCAACGGAAAUACUGGCAGCUGUCGGAGCUGGCUUAGUUCCUGCCACUAUGGCCUUCCUCGCUCCGAUGGUCUUUGGACGACGCAGACGACGAAGUAUUGACAGUACAAGCAAACUUCCUAUUCAAUUCCAACAAAAUACUCACAGUCCAUUAAUUCAUCCAUUGUUUAUGUAGGAUGCAACACCUCUUUAAAAUCCGGAGCGAGAUUUUAAUUUAUUACAAACUUAUCCAUGUUACAAUGUAAUAGUAUAUAUUUCUAAUUUAUUUAUUUAUUGGAUUUUUGUAGAGUAAAAAAGUAUUAGUAGAUUCAAUGAAAGAAAGAAUUAUUGUAUAAACUAUAAAUUAUUGUUCGCUUACCAAGCGCCAACUAAAUUAUUGAAAAACUCAAUUUUUAUUUAAAAUAUUUGUUGUAAAUUUAAGAAAAAGAAAAUAAACAAAAUAUGUGAA